AUGCUCAAGUGGCUAGAAAAGAAGCAAGACAAAUUUACAUCAGCAGACACCCAGAAUGAAAUGCUACAAUUGAUGGCUUUGAAGAUAUUGCGGGACGUGGCAUCGAACAUCAGAGAGAAUGGCUAUUUCUCCAUCAUGGUUGAUGAGACAACAGAUCAGUCUAACCGUGUACAAGUUGUGAUUGUUAUUCGUCAUGUUGACAGGGAUUUAAAUGUGCAUGAAGACUUCAUUGGACUGUGUAUGGUGCCUUCCAUCAAAGCUACAACACUGACCAAUGUAAUUUUGGAUACACUAAUACGGAUGAACAUUUCUUUGAAUAAGUGCCGUGGGCAGUGUUAUGAUGGAGCCAGCAACAUGUCCGGAGCUAAAAAGGGUGUGGCUGCUAACAUCACCAGAAAAGAAGCAAGGGCAAUAUACAAACAUUGUUAUGGACACGCACUCAACCUGGCCGUUGGCGAUACCGUGAAAAGAUCAAAGGUGAUGCGUGAUGCCUUAGAUACUGUGUUUGAAAUGUCAAAACUCAUCAAGUAUUCGCCUAGGAGGGACACCAUACUCGAGCAGCUGAAGCGCGAGAUGGCACCAGAUACACCAGGAUUCCGUGUGCUAUGCCCCACUCGAUGGACUGUUAGAGCUGCUAGCUUGAAUAGUGUCUUGAAAAACUACUCUGUCCUUCAGUCUUUGUGGAAGACCUGCUAUGAAUGCACAAAGGAUGCCGAAACCCGUUCAAGGAUCAUUGGUGUGAAAGCCCAGAUGCAAAGUUUUGACUUCCACUUUGGCGUGUCCCUGGGAUACGACAUACUCCGUCACACAGACAAUUUAAGUCGAACGCUGAAGACGAAAGAGUUAUCAGCUGCUGAGGGCCAACACAUAACCGAACUUUCGUUGUCAUCGCUCAGUGAAAUGCGAAAGGAAGAGUCCUUCAAUACUUUCUGGGAAUCUCUCAACAACAAACUUGACGAUCUAGAUGUCAAUGAGCCAACUUUGCCAAGGCGAAGAAAAAUGCCGAAGCGGUUUGAAACAGGAAACGCCCCUCCAGAGUUUGCAGCAUCAGAAGAAGACCUCUAUAGACAGCAGUAUUUUGAGGCUUUAGAUUUAGUAGUCAACUGUGUGAAGGAUCGUUUUGACCAGCCGGGCUACCAAGUGUACCGCCAUCUAGAGGACGUUCUUUUUGAAGUCUGUGCGUGGUGA